AUAAAAAUGACAUAAUUUCAGCUACAAAUAAUGAAAUAACAAAUAAGGAUAAAACAAAAAAAAUAAAGUUGUCGUAUUCAAAUCAAAAAGAAUUAGAACCCAAUACUAGUGCUUAUUUGAAUACACCAAGUACAAAAAAUAUGCAUCCACAAUCAAAUACGUCUGCUGUUGUUAGUCCAGUUUCUGCAAAUGCUGGUUUUCAAAAAUUAGCUCUUAAUUAUUUAGCUUCUUUAAAAAUUGAAAUGGCUAAAAUCUCUGAUACUCAACAAGAAAUACUUACUUUUAUUCAAACAAAUAAUAUGGUGGGUAAUACGUCUCAAUGUCCAGGUGUUAUGCAAAUGGAUCAUGAAGUUGAUUAUUUUAUAUCCAAUUGGCCUUUAUCUGACAUAGAUAAUUUGUUAAGUAUGGAACAAAAGAUAAAAUCUGACCAAAACUUCAGAAAACAAGUUGUAUGUGAACUAUCUAGAAUUGGUGGCAAAUCACUUCAAAAUAUGAUAUACAAAAUUAUGAAGAGGGUAUUUGACGAUGGUAUAUUAAUACAAUACACAUAUUAUGGUUUAAGAAAUAAAGAGAACUUUUCAUUAUUAGCCAUCAACAGAGCAAUAUUUGAUGCAAUAAAGAGAUCAAAGUUCAAAAAUGCAUCAGAUGACGAAAUUAUAACAACAAUUGGCAAAUGGUUGACAAGCGCAAAGAGCCGUUUAAAUAAAAAUAAUGUGUUACAAAUUUAAUAUGAUGUAUACAUAGUAUUAUUUUUAUUUUUAUUAUUUUAU